AUGGCGACGCCUAAGUUCAGUAAUUGUAAGGCAGCAUCGCUCCGCCGCCUCCCUCACGCACUCGCGCCUCCCCCGCCCUCCCAGCUCGCCGCCGCCUCCUCUCCCCUCCCGCGCGCCUCCUCUCCCCUCCCCUCCCGCCUCCUCUCCUCCCACCCACAUCGCCGCCGCCGCCACCCACCGCCUCGAACCGCGCCGGAGCAGCAGCAGCAGGCCAAGGCGGCGCAGCAGCAGGCCUUGGGCGACGAGCAGCAGCGGAGGGAGGACGAGGAGCACGACGGCGGUGGCGGCGGGGAGCGGCAGCAGCAGGCCAAGGCGGCGCUGCCCUUCUCCGCCAUGUGCGUGCGGAUCUCCCGCGACUCCUACCCCAACCUCCACGCCCUCCACAACGCCUCCAACGACAGCCUCACUGACGCUGCCUACGUCAAGAUCUCCGAGGGCGACUUCGGAUACGUCCUCGACGACGUGCCCCACCUCCCCGACUACCUCCCCACUUACCCGAACUCAUUACAAGACCAACCAGCAUAUUCAACUUCAAGCAAUAUUUUGUCAAUGAAGAUGACACCGUACCACAAAAGGUUGUUGUUCAAAAGAAUAGCCGCCGGGGGUUCACUUCCGUCGUGCUGGACCCCGUCAGAGGGUUAUCACUUGCACAUACCUGUAAGUUGUGGAGGCCUUUGCCCUGGGCUCAACACUGUUAUCAGGGAGCUGGUGUAUGGCUUGGCGCACAUGUACAAUGUCAACAACAUCUAUGGAAUACUGUACCAACCAACAUAUGUUCCUUCUUGAGCUCUCAACCCUGGGGUACACCUCCCGGUCAAGGCGCACCUCUUGUCUCACCGAUGAUGCAGCCUGGGCAUCACUCGCUCUCAGCUAGCUAUGUGGGGUCUUCUGUUUGAGCAGACUACCUAUAAGAAUUGUCAGCGCCUUUACCUAUCAGAGCAGGUACUAAUCUUGGUGUGAGCUCAAGGCAAUAGGCAAUUCUGAAGGUAGGCAAUCGACAUUAGCCAGGUAGUUGUACAUGGUCUGGUCUCUUAGCAUAAUCUGAAAGUAUCUAAUGCAGUACUCAAUAUUAGUAGUCAUUUGAAAAAUAUGCCAGUGUCUUGUUUGUCAUGUCCAUUCUGUUAAUCUAGAAGAAACCGAGAGCAUACACUCACACUUUAAUUGAACCCAAAUUGUUAACCUGCGAUAAGUAGAUAUCAGUCACACUUCGUUCUUACUUUUCUGGCUUUUCUAUGUUCUUACUUUUUUUGCACUUUCCUUUCAUUUCUGUAGAUGCCAGGGCUGCCUGCCUUGUGUACCAUGGUGAGAAGUAGCACCAGUAGGUCGGCUCAGUCCCAAUGGCAAUGUUCUUUGUUAUUUUAUUAUUAUUCAACCACAUACAUUUGUCUCUUCCUGAUGCCCUUGGUAACUUGAAAAUCUGCAGUGCCAUAUUGGCUCCCUCUGCCGAGCACCGUGGAGGAGGUGAGCAGUUGUCUCUAGAAUCAUUUUUCAUCCUGUGAUACUUAUUGUUCUGCCCUUGGAUGGUCAUUCUUGUUGAGUGAUAACCAGGGCAGCUCAACUGUAUAAACAGAUUGAUCUGGUGAUAAGAGGUGAUGGGGGUAGGUUAUAUGAUCGAGGAAAGGCGAAUCUGAGCCCAC